CAUCGCGCCAGGAUUUUAGAGGGUGCGUGUUGUGUUUAUACAGUAGACGAUUGCUGAUUGUGUUGGAUAUAUUUGAUCGUGUCGGACCUUUGAUCAUCUACACACGGAUCUACUACCAAGUAAGGAAACUCGUUCGGGAUGAUCGCCAUAAUCGGUUAGAAAGUUCCCAUUCCACGAAAGCCAUUGUCACAACAUUCCUUAUAAUUGGGUCAUUUUCACUUUGUUGGUGCCCAAUAGGAUUAUACCAUACCGUAUUGUACAUAUUGAGACCCGACUAUUCCAAAAUGACUAAAGCUACAAUCGACCGACUGCUCCUAGUUAACUUCAUUCUGUUCCUUUUCAUUAUAUUUAACACGAUAUGCGAUCCUGUUAUUUACGCCGUGAGAAGAUCAGAAGUGCAACAAGGCUAUAUUCGAGUAUACAACAAACUUCUACGAAAAAGGAGGAGGCCUUCGUUUUAUGAGAACGAAAUGCACUCAUAUUUAAGGCGCAGAAAAGAUUCGCUGGAUACGGAAAAGGCCGGCUUUACGAUUGUUACAAGACUGAGUAUCUCCGACAAGACAAACUUAACAUGUUCUUCACAUGGCACGUCGCCUAAUGACAGCAGUGUACACUCUACCGGAUUUGAAAGGGGAUGUCGAACGAUUAGAGAAAUUUACCGUCAGGAAUCUGAGUAUAAACAAAGUGCAGGACAUAAAAUGCACUGAAUGUUCAGUAGAAUCAUGAUGAACCAAAUAUCUAUUCGAGGAAUAAAGAUCAAAGGACGAAAGAAAUAAGACAAUUGAACGACAGUAGAAAUACUUAAUGUAAAAUGACAAUAGAAAUAAGAAAUAUAGAGUGACUUUGGAAAUAAGAAGGAUAAGGUUACAGUUUAAAUAAAAACGUAUAAGAUGAGAACAUGAUCAAAAUAAUGAAGUGAUAAAGUAACAUGAUAAGGGUGAACAAAACAGGCAGCUGUUUGAACAAAAAGAAAACAAUUAAAUUAGUUGAACAAUAGGUUACAAGAAAGGUUCAUAAGAGUAUCUUCAAACAAUAAAGUAGGUAAAAAUAUGGAUGAUAAAAACGAAAUUAUGAAUAAAAACGGAUAAAUAAAGAGUAGAAGAACACGUUGACAACAAAGCAAAGCAAUUUUGCUUUAAGAAAGUAAGACUAAAUAUGUACAAUACAACAACUUUAAUAAUCAACUUGGUGACAAUGACCGUAAUGGAUAAUGUGACAGAGAACCAUAAUAACAGAACGUCAAGCAACAGCGGUGAAUAUCAAGGCUAUAGAGAGCCCACGCAGCUUUUUAAGCUAGUAUUGAUGGUUUUCGGAUUUUUAGCAAAUGUGUUCUCAAUACUGGCUACUUUAAACGUUCCUCGCGAGCGAUGGUCAUCGUAUAACACUCUGAUCGUUAACUUGGGAAUAUCUGAUAUCAUGGUUGUACUCUCCUGUGUUCUUCAUGAGAGCCUCAUGCUUAUAAAUCGCCGCCUCCCUUGCACGCCUGUUCUGAAUCGGAUGUUCCUCAAUAUUGCGCUGACGUCAACAUUGUUCAACCUUAUCUUGAUGGCUGUAGACCACUACGUCGCCAUUAUGCAGGCAUUGUAUUACGAUCGCUUCUUCUCCAAGCAAAAAGUGAAAAUCAUCAUUGCAGCUUUGUGGAUGACAAGUAUAUUCUUAGGAGCGUUGGAUUUAUUUGUAAGUUUACCUAGCUUUCGGAAAGAAGAAGCAACAUUUUGUGAUCAUGUUAAUACUGUGAAUAGAACAACAUUUAACUACGAACUUGUCAUUGUCAUAUUUAUUUUCAUUGUUCUACUGGGCCUUUUGAUCAUCUACACAAGGAUAUGCUAUCAAGUGAGGAAACUCGUUCGGGAUGACCGCCACAAUCGGUUGGAAAGUUCCCAUUCCAUGAAAGCCAUUGUUACAACAUUCCUUAUAAUUGGGACAUUUGCACUUUGUUGGUGCCCAAUAGGAUUAUACCACACCGUUCUGUACAUAUGGAAUCCAGCUUAUUCCGAAAUGAAUAAAGCUGCUCUUGACAGACUGCGGCUAGUCAACUCGAUUUUGUUCCUGUUCGUCGUAUUAAACACAAUAUGCGAUCCUGUUAUAUACGCCGUGAGAAGAUCCGAAGUGAAACUUGGCUAUAUUAGAAUGUACAAUAAACUUCUACGAAUGAGAAGGAGAUCUUCUUUUUAUGAGAAUGAAAUGCACUCACUGUUUAGACGCAGAAAUGAUUCGCGUGAUACGGGAAAUGCCGACAAUACGAUUGUUACAAGACUAAGUAUUUCCGACAAGAGAAACUCGACAUGUACUUCAAAUUGCACGUCGCCCACUGACAGCAAUGAACACUCCAAAUGUGGGCUCGAAAAGGAAAAUUGAUCAGAUCAUAAACAGAUAACAACUGGCAUUCCUAUUCUUUACAUUAUAAGAUUAAAGGUUAUUUGAAGGAUAGCAUAUGAUAAUUUGUUUCAAAUCACUACCAGUAUGUCAUAUGUACAAUGAAAACUUUUCAAUUUUAUUGACGAGUUUUAGUGGGCAUAUGUGAAUGUUUCAAUAACAGGUAACAGUUAGAAAGCAAAUCAUGUUCAUAUGCAUGUUGUUGUAUGAAUUAACCUGUGUGUAUUGUAUUAAGUGGGUAUGUACAUGUUAUAACCGAAAUUGCAUCAUCAUAUGUUAUUGUCUGUUUUGUUUUUUUCGAAGAAAAAUGUUUAUGUAUUGUUAUGACUUUGUCGUUGUUGUCAACGAUCUUUUAUAUAAAGCUUCACCAUAUUUAAAUGAACAUUUGUACACUUUACUGAAAGUCGAAAAUGCCCUUUUCUCAACAGACGAAGAUCAUUGUCAUUCACUAAGAUUUUCUUUUCAAAAUUAAUACAUUCGACUGUUUUUUACCAACGUCAAUUUAACGUUAACAAAGUAUUUCAUUUGAUUAAUAUAAUGCCAGAUCUUUGAAACAUUAUACAAUUUACACGCUUGUGUAUUGGUCAAUUAACAAACGGCUCUUCUUAAAAGUUGGUGAUGCCCUGUUAUAAUUAUGCUUAGCGUAUUUUGAUGGAACAGUUUACAUAAUUUUUUUUUUUAAUUCUGAUGAUUGCUAAACUAAAGGAAAUAAAUUAAACUGUUAUGCGUGUUAAUUAAGUUUUUCGAACUUUGAAUUGCCAGGCAUUCCAGACUCGCUGUUGCGAAGAAGCCUAUUUAUUAUUUUAGGAACGAUAAUUUGUAUCAAAGUAGAUGAAUGUUCUAAAACACCAAUUUUAAUAGCUGAUUUUAAACUGGUAAACAUCUUACUGUAAAGCUUUUUGCGUAGGCCGAGCCCCAAACUCAUAAUAUACUGUUACAAUAGAAAAUACAAAACAAGUCCUGAAGUCGAAAAUUCAAAAGGUAAACCCUGUUUAGGGGCACAAAGCAAGGGUCAAAACGACAAUGAACUAGAGACACAAACAUACUAACAGCUAAUACACAAACACAAAAAACAAAAACAAUCUUACAUCGCAUACAGAAAUACAAACACCACACACACACCAUACCGUUAUCCUUAUUGCUUUACCGUUUUAUGAUGGGAUUACCGUCUUAGAAUGGUCAGUGAACAAUAAUAUCACUGGAACUCGAGUCUACUGGGGUCUUUAAAUAACAGGCAAGGUCAUAACCACAAACUUGUUCCAUAAUUCACCAAUGUUACUAAAUUAGAUUAUAUAUACCUCAUAAGAGCUCGCAUCAACUUGAAAACAAUGAACAAUAACGCAAAACAAUAUCAUUUAAUUGAUAAUAAAUACUUAGUUGCAAGUACCUAACGACCGGAUACCAACAUCACCUGUAAGCGAAGGAAUAAUUAUAUUUUGGUAUACUUUGUGAAAUAACUUUACUGAUGAUGUUGGCUCAAAUUUGGGCUUGUAACGUAAUUGUCAUGACUUUUUUUCGCUUGUCAAGUUCGUAUUGCUACUCAAUUUCAAAGCUGAGAAGAUGUGUUAAUACGUGCUUGUCAAUAUUGUUUUAAUAAGUUACCUGUUUAACGAUUCAUUUGUACCUUUUGUCAUAGAAAUGAUGUUGUUUUUUGAACUACUUUUUCUAUAGAAUGAAUUGUACAGAACAGACGAGGUGUGCAUGGUGUAGAGUUAGGCUGACCAUUACAUGCUAAUUCGUUCGUAUGAAUGUUUUCUAUAUGAAUUGAAUACAAAAUGAUUCUGUUCGUGAACCUUUACACUCAAGUGAUAAAAACAUAUUGAUCAUUGUUUUGCUUAUUUGUUUCAGAAGGCAAAUGUCGGGAUUAUGCAUUUUUGUCAAUUUAUUACACGUUUUAUUGUUUAUUUUGUCCUACUUUUCUUCAACCUUUGUAAUUUCCACAAUAAAUA